AUGCGAAUUGACAAGUGGCAGCCGGGAAAAUUCGCGCCACUUGACCGCCUCCCGUGUGGAUCAGUGAAUCACCUAGCGACUGGAUCAGCUGGACAGUGGCCCUUCUGAUAUCAAUUCCGCGUAAAAAUGAUGAGGGAUAGCGGAUUAGCAGUAAUCAGUGACACUACCGAGUGGAUGUACGUGAAUAAACCUAGUGAGCAAAUACUCACAUCGCAUUCUGUUGGUGGAAACAGCUCUGAUGGUGUUCUUGAUGGCGUUAGGGAAAACGAUACAUCCGCAGUAAUUCAGCUGAACCACGUUCCCUCUUUUGGAGGUGUGGCAGUGGACGGGACGGUAACUGGAAUCCACUCGACUCGUUUUCUCAAAGCCGUUGCCCGAGACUUCGUCAUCAGAACUAUGGUUAUUUUGUCUGCUGGGCUUUUGGUCCUUUGUUUGCUGCUUGCCGUCUGCUGUCUUAUAUGGUGUAACAUUCGUAAUGGCAGCGAUAGGAAUCGUUACAUAUCUAAGUGUAUGUUGAAUCACCUUUUUAUUUUCCUUCGGGGUUGGUGGUCUUGCAUUAUUCAGAUUUUGAAAAUUGCUUUGUAUAACGCGCUCAUGGCGUGA